CUGGGUCACUCUCUGCCCAUCUCGGUGCUGAGGGGUGUCGCCAGGUUCCGGCUCCUGUGUCCUGUCAAACAGCGGGCGGUCGGUGACACUUGGGUGAAAGGAAGCGGCGCUGAGGCAGCUCCAGGAGAGAUGUGCACUGAGUGUUACACCAACGAAUCCUUUGUCUUCGACGAUGGAAUCGCGGAGACAUACGCGCCCAGACUGUCCCCAGCCGGCGACCAGAACCGCAACAGCGACGGAGUCAUCCUGGACAUCGCGUCCCUGAAGAUGAACGAGCUGGAGACAGAUGUCCCUCCUCUACCGCCCAGGUACCGAUUCCGGGAUUUACUCUUGGGAGACCAGUCCUUCCAAAACGACGACAGGGUCCAGGUCGAAUUCUACGUGAAUGAGAACACCUUCAAGGAACGGCUCAAGCUCUUCUUCAUUAAAAACCAAAGAUCAAGUUUAAGAAUACGAAUCUUUAACUUCUCCCUGAAGGUCCUCACUUGCCUUCUGUACAUACUACGGGUUUUGUUGGAUGAUCCCAUGGAAGGAAUUGGAUGCUGGGGAUGUGCAAAGAAGAAUUAUUUAAACACAUCAUCCACUGACGUAAUCGACUGGGGAUCCAUAUUCUGGGUCAACAGGACACUGUGGCUGUGGGGCAUUCAGGUUACAGUGGCCUUAAUUAGUUUCUUGGAGACCAUGCUCCUCACAUACCUAAGCUACAAGGGGAACAUCUGGGAACAGAUUUUCCGAGUAACAUUCAUCCUUGAAAUGAUCAACACUGUUCCUUUCAUCAUCACAAUUUUCUGGCCACCUCUGAGGAAUCUCUUCAUCCCAGUCUUUCUAAACUGUUGGUUAGCCAAGUAUGUGCUGGAGAACAUGAUAAAUGAUUUGCAUAGAGCCAUUCAGAGGACGCAGUCUGCGAUGUUUAACCAAGUCUUAAUAUUGAUUUGUACACUACUCUGUCUUGUGUUUACUGGGACAUGUGGAAUCCAACACUUGGAGAGAGCAGGAGGCAACCUCAGCCUUUUCAAAUCCCUCUACUUUUGCAUCGUCACCUUCUCUACUGUUGGAUAUGGUGACGUGACUCCGAGGAUCUGGCUUUCACAACUCCUCGUUGUCAUAAUGAUUUGCGUUGCUUUAGUUGUAUUGCCUCUCCAGUUUGAAGAACUCGUUUACCUGUGGAUGGAGAGACAGAAAUCUGGUGGUAAUUACAGCCGACACCGAGCACAGACUGAGAAACACGUUGUACUCUGUGUUAGCUCCUUGAAGAUCGACUUGUUGAUGGAUUUCCUCAACGAAUUCUAUGCUCACCCCAGGCUUCAGGAUUACUAUGUUGUCAUCCUGUGCCCAACAGAGAUGGAUCUCCAGGUGCGCAGAGUGUUACAGAUUCCCCUCUGGUCACAGCGAGUUAUUUAUCUCCAAGGGUCAGCUUUGAAAGACCAGGAUCUCAUGAGAGCCAAGAUGGAUGAUGCAGAAGCCUGUUUCAUUCUGAGCAGCCGUAACGAAGUGGACCGAACAGCCGCGGAUCAUCAGACAAUCUUGAGAGCUUGGGCUGUGAAGGAUUUUGCCCCGAACUGCCCCCUUUAUGUUCAGAUCCUGAAGCCUGAAAACAAGUUUCACGUCAAGUUUGCAGAUCACGUGGUGUGUGAAGAGGAGUUCAAAUACGCCAUGUUAGCCUUGAACUGCAUCUGUCCCUCCACCUCCACGCUCAUCACCCUAUUGGUUCAUACCUCCAGGGGACAGGAAGGACAACAAUCCCCCGAACAAUGGCAAAGGAUGUAUGGGCGAUGCUCAGGGAAUGAGGUUUAUCACAUCAAACUCGGUGACAGCAAGUUCUUCGGAGAAUAUGAAGGGAAAAGUUUCACCUAUGCGUCCUUCCAUGCCCACAAGAAGUACGGUGUCUGCCUGAUAGGUGCGAAGCGCGAAGACAACAAGAGUAUUUUGCUGAAUCCUGGGCCCCGGUACAUUAUGGUGAGCUCAGACACCUGCUUCUACAUUAACAUCACCAAAGAAGAAAACUCAGCGUUCAUCUUCAAAGAGGAAGAGAAGCAAAAGAGGAAGGGCCUAAGUUCCGAAGGCAUCUUUGGUGGUGCUUCCAGACUACCCGUCCACAGCAUCAUUGCAAGCAUGGGCACAGUCGCUAUGGAUCUACAGAACACAGAGUGCCGCUCAUCCAGUGGGGCCACCUUGACCUUGCCUUCGGAAAACGGAGCAGGAAGUAGGAGGCCCAGCAUCGGGCCUGUCCUGGAGAUCGCCGACACCACGGUCAUCUUACCAUGCGACCUGCUAAGUGAUCAGUCAGAGGACGAGGCCAACCCAUCUGAUGAUGACAGCUUACCUGCCCCUGAGUAUGUGAAAGGAUAUCCUCCCAAUUCUCCCUACAUUGGAAGUUCUCCAACGCUCUGCCACCUUCUGCCUGUGAAGGCUCCAUUCUGCUGUCUCCGAUUAGACAAGGGCUGUAGACACAACAGCUUUGAAGAUGCAAAGGCCUAUGGCUUCAAGAAUAAACUGAUCAUUGUGUCUGUGGAGACAGCAGGCAAUGGACUGUACAACUUUAUUGUCCCCCUUCGAGCAUAUUACAGGCCACGAAAAGAGCUGAACCCCAUCGUGCUGUUGCUCGAUAACCCGCCUGAGAACCACUUUUUAGAAGCUAUCUGCUGUUUCCCGAUGGUUUAUUUCAUGGUGGGAUGCAUCGAUAACCUGGAUAAUCUACUGCAGUGUGGAAUUAUUUAUGCUGAUAACCUGGUGGUUGUGGACAAAGAGAGUACGAUGAGCGCUGAGGAAGAUUACAUGGCUGAUGCCAAGACGAUUGUUAAUGUUCAAACGAUGUUCAGGUUAUUCCCCAGUCUCAGUAUCAUCACUGAAUUGACUCACCCGUCAAAUAUGAGGUUCAUGCAAUUCCGAGCAAAGGACUGUUAUUCACUUGCACUCUCCAAAUUAGAAAAGAAGGAACGUGAGAAAGGCUCAAAUUUGGCAUUUAUGUUCCGACUCCCCUUCGCUGCCGGCAGAGUGUUCAGUAUCAGCAUGUUAGACACACUACUCUAUCAGUCCUUUGUUAAAGAUUACAUGAUCCCAAUCGCCAGGUUAUUACUGGGACUUGACACUACGCCGGGCUCUGGUUAUCUUUGUGCUAUGAAAGUCACAGAGGAUGACUUGUGGAUCCGAACAUAUGGACGACUCUUUCAGAAGCUAUGCUCUUCCAGUGCAGAAAUUCCAAUCGGGAUUUACAGAACAGAGUCACACAUGUUUUCCACGUCUGAGUCUCAGAUCUCAAUCAACGUUGAGGACGGUGAAGAUGCUAAAGACGUGAAAGACCCUUGGGCUGGCAAGAGUCAUCGGAACUCUACGUCAAGCGAUCAAUCAGAGCACCCGCUGCUGAGACGCAAGAGCAGGCAAUGGGCUCGCAGACUGAGUAGGAAAGGGAACAGGCAGGCCAGUAAAACUGAUGAAAAGAUUAACCAACAGAGGCAGGAACUGUAUCAUCGAUCAGAAAGGCAAGAGCUGUCAGAACUGGUGAAAAACAGAAUGCAGCACUUGGGUUUACCCACAAUAGGAUACGAUGAAAUGAGCGACCAUCAGAACACUUUAUCCUACAUUCUGAUUAACCCACCUCCUGACACUCGCCUGGAACUGAACGAUAUAGUGUACCUGAUACGCUCAGACCCAUUGGCCAAUGUUCAAAAUGGCUCCCAUAGCCAGAAAAGCAGCUCUUUUCGGCUAUUCCCUUCCAAUGAGGCGGCAAGGAGUGAAACGCAGCUAUGAACACCGAAGACUGAAGACUGAAGACCCACUUUUUGUACCUGCAAGUUGGCUGUUCUCUCCAAGCACUGGGCCACAUGGCUCCAUCUAUUUUUUAAAAAAGCUGCUCUGAUCAUUUUAAGAGAUUUGAAGUUUUCUGAAAGAAGUUUACAGAUUGAAAAGCACACAUUGGUGAUGUUACUCUAAUCAGACCUCAAAACACACGUGGAUUCAAUAAUACAGCCACCAUCCGGAUAAUAACUGAAUGAUUCAACCAGGAGCAGCAUGCAAAGGAGAAGGUCAGGAACAGACAAUGGUCUUAUUUUAUAUGUUUUAUAUCAUGUAAAGUGCAACGUGUGCAGUUUACCAUGUAUGGCACAGUAUAUUUAUUGACACAUGGCACACUAGAGACAAAUGGUACAAUUUUAUUUGUAGCUGAACAAUUGUCUUUGGUGCUUUCUACUGAAUAGUAUCCAUGGCAUUAGUGCAUGUAUGGAUAAAGCAUCAAGCCUUCCACUGUUCACAUGCUGAAGUCGCUCUCUCAACAGUUUCACAAAGAAUUUUUUGGUGCCAAAGGGACAAGAAACAACAAGGUUUUGAAAAGAGUUUGCACACUUUACCAUGACACACAGUGCAGGAGGAAUUGCCAUCUCAGAUGUGGUUUGUGCAGUCAGAUGUCUUUCUAACCUAUGUUAAUCUUCAAUCCAACUGAAUCGAGAGCGAGAUUCCAGUUUUCAAUAUGUAGCAAAGGUAAAGAUCUGAGCUAGAAAAUCAGAUGAUAUUUAAGAGCAAGCAAACUGCUAAUAUCAUUACAGUGAGAACAAACUACUUGUAAAGAUAAUAGAGGAGAGGUGGGCUAUCUCAUUUCUAUUGCAGACUGUCAAACCAUUUAAUGAUUUUUUUUUAAUUCACUCUGCAACAAAAUGUCAUCCACCACAGAUAUGUGCUGCAAUCAUCCUGACAUUAGUACAUAAGUUAGACAAGACCAGUACAUUGCUCUCUUUCUGCCAACGUAGAGAGAAAGGCCCAGGCACAGGAAGCCUGAUGUCAAAAGGGAAGAUACGGAAACAUAGGGCAAGCCCUACAAAAUCUGAACGAGUUCUCGAGUCUAUUUGCUUUGUACAUCUCAUCCAGUUCUUUAUCGGUUGUUGUGAUCUUUUGUGUGAGAGCUCUAAAGAAAUGCUGGAAUUUGUGACUGAUUUUACAUGCACUGAAUCCAGGAAUGUUCAGAACUAGUUCGAUGCAUUUUUCUUUUCCAGAAGAAUCAAAAACACAAACAUGGGGUAGUUAUUAUAACCAGGCCCUGAAAUACAAACAGUGAGGUAGGUAUUAUAGACCAGGCCCAGAAAUACAAACAGUGAGGUAGGUAUUAUAGACCAGGCCUGGAAAUACAAAUGGUGGGGUCGGUAAUUUAGGCCAGGCCCAGAAAUACAAACAGUGAGGCAGGUAUUAUAGACCAGGCCCAGAAAUACAAACAAUGGGGUAGUUAUUAUAGAGCAGGCCCUGAAAUACAAACAGUGGGUAUUAUAGACCAGGCCCGGAAAUACAAAUGGUGUGGUCGAUAUUAUAGAGCAGACCUGGAAAUACAAACAAUGGGGUCGGUAUUAUAGGCCAGGCCCUGAAAUACAAACAGUGGGGUAGGUAUUAUAGGCCAGGCCCUGAAAUACAAACAGAAUCUCUCACACUGAACUUAUAAAUUGCAUCAUGUAACAUUUAGCCUCAAUGCAAGAUGGAUAUGUUUUAUAAUGCCAACUUGUCUAAUGCCACUCAGAUGCCAUAAUUUGCAUUAGUCUUGUCUCCAUCCUGCCAUCCCUCAACCCCUGAAUCCCCACCCCCAGCAAGACUCUAUAAGCCACUUAACGUAAACGGGCUGCACAUACAUGCUUGUGUAAUGUGUAUCAUUUGUACAUAAGCAACAGCCCCUCUGGGUUGUUGCAAGUACCUUUGUCUACAGCUACCACUCACCUAGCCUCAGUGUGAAAGAUGGGAUACUGAGAGCAGUUCUCACAUUGUGCACACAUUUGAACCCAGUUAUUUUGCUGCAUCUGCCUUUAGCUAAAACACGGCAUCAAAUAUACUUUCAAAAUAAGCUCAGAGCCUUCAUAACAACUUCAUAGACCAGACUGGGGCUGGGGUUUGAAUUGCAAUUGUACAUUUACUCAGGCAAGCGUGUUUGCUUUUGCUUGGGGAGGUAAGAUACACAAACCUCUUGAAACUAUUGUGCUGUGGCUCUUCUGGCUGACAGCAGGAAUAGGCCUUGUUAGAACACGGGAUUCGAUGUAAGUAGUCAGGAGUAAGAUUGGAACAGUGUGAAAUUCUAACUGAGCUUUGUGUACGUAAACAAUGAUAAGCGUCAGUGUAAUAUGCAAACCAAAGGGUGAGUUUUGAACGAAAGAAGCUGUACACCUUGGUUGGCUGUCAUGGUUGAUCACAAAUGGCGCCAAUGAUUUUGUUUCCUGAUGAAUGAUGGGAAACUAUUGAUCAUGCUCCAAGACCUCAGUCAGACCCAUUGGCUUGGCUGUACUGUAGGGAGCUUCAGUUGGCCAAUCCCUCCCCAAGGUUACCCUCUCCUCUGAACCAGUUCCCCCUGUAAUGGGACAGAUGCAAUUGCGGGAAACAAGUGCAUGCAUCACCUUGAGCAAGCCGACGAGUUGGGUGGACUGAGACCAUACAGCCCAAUCCUUUCAAAGUUCAAAAUAGCAGCCGAGGUGUUUAAAAUACAGCUUUUAUUUCAUAAAUGCUAAUACAGAGGCAUGCCACUCAUUAAGAUGGAGCUUCCAUAACCUGUUAAGUCAUUCAUGUCUUUUGAUAAUUUAUGCAUUUAUAAAAGUACCCGCAAAAAAAAUGAAAUCUAUUGCUGAGUGCACUUCCAGUGCUCAACACAGUAUCUAAGACAAUGAAAGAUCAUUGGUAAAAGAGCCAGAGGCUUUGGUUUUUUAGGAGUUAGAACGCACUGCCUGAUAGACACUCAUUUAAGAAGAGCCUUUGACAGGGAACUGGGUAAAUAUUUGGAUGACAAAAUGUUGCAGGGAUUCUGGUGAAAGACAGGGUAGUGGGAUUAAUUGGAUUGCUCUUCGAAAGGGCUAGCACAGACCUGAUGGCCCGAAUGUCGCGUUCUCCAGUGCUGUACCAUUUUAUGAUCCUAUGACCUUCUGUUGACCUUUUUUCUUGUAUCUUGUUUUCUGAAUUAUACAGUAUUGCUUUGAAGCAACAGACGUCAUGAUUUUAUACAGUUCUUAAAUAAAGUGUCUAUGUUUUGUGUGAAUGUAAAAAAAAUAAAUUAAAAGAAAACCGCUGCAUGUAGCCGUGGAUUGACUCUUUA